AUGUGCCAACACAAGACAUCCCUCGAUUCUUAUCGCGGCCCCGCUCCACCAACGCGCCUCAUCUACUGUGUUGAUGGCACUUGGUGCGGACCAGACGGCACCCGUCCCUCAUGUAACGGCACGCUCACCAACAUAUACCAAAUCUAUACGAGCAUCCUCGACAGCACCCACAAUGGGGAACUCGCUAGUGACGGUUAUUACCAAAAGCCCCUCUAUAUGCCUGGCAUUGGCUCUGCUGAUGACACGUUCGCUUUGAAGAGAUUCAAAGCCGGGCUGUUUGGAAACGGGUACCUGAAGCAGAUCAAAGAGAUCUAUGAGGAGUGUUGCAAGCUGGGACCCCAGGAUGAGGUAUGGCUGUUCGGAUUCAGCCGUGGAGCCUUUGUCGUCCGGGCGGUAGCAGGUUUGCUGCAUUACGUGUCCGCCAUCCGUUCGGCGGGGACACCGCAGUUUGCCGAAGACUACGAAAGAGCGCUAGAGGUGUUUCAAACCAUACAAAAGGAGGGAAAGCUUGGAAUAGGUGAAAUACAUCGGUUCCUCACCGUUCGAUGCAAACAGUCCCCAAAGAUCAAGUUUGUGGGUGCCUUGGACACGGUCAAGGCCGUCAAAGAACGGUGUCCUUUCGACAUAUCAUUCAACAACUCCAUCGAGCAUAUGCGGCAUGCUUUGGCACUGGAUGAAGACAGGGAGGCGAUGACUCCUGAGUACGUCUUUCCUGAGACCAGCAAUUUCAAAAGACUCCCAGGACGGACUCUAGUCCAAGCUUGGUUCAUCGGUGCCCAUAUUGAUAUGGGGGGAUCCGCCGCCCGAGCAGGCUUGGCACUUUAUCCACUUCAGUGGCUGUUGAUUGAAAGUCGAUCUCUUGGCUUGGCCUUGAAAUUCCGGGGGAACCUUGGCUACAAAGCCGACAUCGUCAAUCCGCUCCGGCUUGUUUUCCCAGCUCUCAAAGGCCAAAGCAGCGGGACCAACACGUGGUCUUGUACCUUGCAGAAUGGCUUGGAAGUGUCCAUGCAGGAUAUCCGACAUGUCCAUGAACAGAAGAGCUGGAAUCUCAAACUCAACAAGCACCAUGCCAGCUUGUGGCCGAAAAAGAAGCGAAGCGUGUUCGGCAGCGACGGCAACCUUAACGGGUGGGUUCAUUGCGAUGGCCAGGGCACCAUUAUCCACCCAUCUGUAUAUCUCCUUAUAGACGUCUCAGGCCUCGCCAGCCUCAACAGCUGGGACUUGGUGCUGCAGGGGCACAUUGAAAGAUGGAGACCAAAAACCCUUGUCGAACGGGGUGGCAAAGACCCCAGAUUUUGGGAUGAGCGAAACGACGAGGAGCCUGACGAUAUUGGACCGAUACGUGUUCUAGUUUGCGGCAACACUGGCAUCGGAAAAUCCACUUUGAUCAACAAAGUAUUCGGCACUUCACUUGCUGUGACACCGGCUCGGAUGCGCGGCGACCACGACAUCAGGACUGAGAUCAAGGAUCCAGAUCAGCCCAACCUUAUCUUACAUGACUCUGAAGGGUUUGAGGCAGGCGCGCUUGCGCAGAUGGAUGCCGUAACAGACUUCCUACACGAGAAGUCUGCCGAGGUCGAGGUCGCCAACCGGUUCCACGUAAUAUGGUUUUGCAUCGAUUCUACGAGCGACCGCACAAUGCAAAGCUCGACUGAACAACUGUUCAAGAUGGUCUCCAAAUAUGCAUGCGAAGUGCCCAUCAUCGUGGUAGCCACGAUGAAGGACAGAUUCCUUGCGAUUGAAGCCGCACAGCAUCGAGAAUCCUUGGAAGAGCAGGGCUUACCUGUCUCCUACGACGAGUGCGACCGCCACGCGAAGGGGCAACUAGAGGAACGCAUCAGCCAAAUCAGGAAAGAAAUGCUAGAGGUUCCAAGCGGCCGAUUGGACGCCUGCGUAGCAGUCUCCCGAAAGGACCAAACGUCCAUCGAAGCUCUCACCGAGACGACGUUCCAAUGCAUCAGCAACGAGAGAGUGCGGCUUAUCUAUGUCGGGGCUCAAGUGGCAAUGAUUGAUCUCAAGAUAAAACUUGCGGUUAGUCAAGCGAUGACUGUCUACAGGCGAACUCUGCGGGCCCUUGUGCUUGUUUCAGGAGUACCGUCAGGUCCAACGACGACCCGCACCGCCGCAAUAUUGGAAGUGUGCAAGCGGAUCAUCACCUGCUUCGGUCUGCCGGCAAGCACAGCCGAAUUGGCCCUGCAGAUCUUGAGAGCACACGUCUGGUCUGCCUUGGCCAACAAUGUCGCUGUUGGCAUAGCCGAGACGUUUGCAACCCUGGGGCUUUGUGCUACCGUUGCCACGGGCGGACCAUUUGUACUGGUUCCCACCGCCGUCAAUAUCCCUAUCGUUGUUCCUGCUACAGCCCGCCUUCUGGCAACACUCACCGUGGACUUGAUCCUUAUCCUCACCAGGGCCUUCCAGGAAGCAGCGGACAGAAACGUCGGUGAGCCUUUCAAAAGAGACCUGCAAGCUGCUGCGCGCGCCUAUCGUACACUCGCGCCCGAAGUUCACAGGGAAAUCUCCGGGCUGCUGCCACGCGCGAACGUCUCUGCUGCUUUCCGAUCCGAAACCAUCAAAAUCGGGCUCGAGCAGCUGAUUGAAGAGUACAAAGGCAGGAUUGUGGAUGACAAUUCGCUACGUAACGUUAACACGUUCAUAGAUGUGGGUGAAGAUGAGAUCAGGAAGCUCGGUUCCGGCUUCAGUCCAGGAAACAUUCACGGAAACCCCAGAGGAUGGCGUAGACGUCUGGUUAACAUUACCAGGUCGAGGGGGUAG